CCGCCGCCGCGACUGAGGACCGGAUGGAGAGACCAGCGACUCAAGGAGGAAGAAGGCCGGACCGCGGGGAUCGCAGCGAGGAAGGAUCGAGGCAUCGAGCCAUCACAGCCAUGGAGUUGCUCUCCUGCGUCGGGAGGGUGCUCUUCGCCUCCUUCUUCAUCAUCUCCGCCUACCGGGAGGCCUGCAAGUUUGGGUCUGAUGGUGGACCAGCUGCCAAGUCUCUCGAGCCCAAAUUCAACCUCUUUCUCAAGCAAGUGUCUACUAACACCGGAAUGGCUGUGCCGCACAUCCACAUCAAGACUGUCACUACCACUACAUUGUUUCUCAAAGGCUAUGGUGGUGGAUUCCUCAUACUCAACCUCUCCCUCGGAGCAUUCUUACUGCUUGUUUAUCUUGCAUUCAUAACCCCUGUUAUGUGCGACUUCUACAACUACGAAAUGGGGUCGCCGCAAUUUGUUCAGCUAUUUACCCAGUUUUCACAGAACCUGGCCCUUUGCGGGGCGCUGCUCUUCUUCAUUGGGAUGAAGAGCUCCAUCCCAUGGAGGAAGUCGAAGAGAAGGGCGGUGAAGACCAAAACAACUUGAUGGAAGUUGCAAGGAUUUGUAGUAGGAUUUGGAAACUAUUAAUACUAAGCUAGUCAUGUUUUAGGUAUACUCGUCCCGCUUUUGACCAUAAAAUCUGUUGUGGGCAGUAUGUAGGGAUUUAAGCCAUCUAGCUUGCCCAGGUCUGGUUUUCUGUAUUUUGCAUUAGCUGGUUGGUAUGUUUGAUGCAGGUGUAGACUUGUUUUGUUGCAGAAACUGCUCGUCUCAGUUCAGGAUCAAAAGAUACAUUCUCGGCUGCAGA